CGGCCGCAUCAGACGCCUGCCUUAUAAGAACACGCCAUUCUCAGCAACUAGGGUUUCCUCCACUCCCUGCCCCGCCUCCACUUCUCCCCUCCCAGGCGCUGCCCAGGUAAGUCGGCGGCGAGCGGCGGCGGCGAUGACGACGCGCUUCAAGAAGAACCGCAAGAAGCGCGGCCACGUGUCCGCCGGGCACGGCCGUAUCGGCAAGCACCGGAAGCACCCGGGAGGUCGCGGUAACGCCGGUGGCAUGCACCACCACCGCAUCCUCUUCGACAAGUACCAUCCUGGUUACUUCGGCAAGGUCGGCAUGCGUUACUUCCACAAGCUCCGCAACAAGUUCUACUGCCCCGCGGUCAACAUCGAGCGCCUCUGGUCCAUGGUGCCCGCCGACAAGGCGGCUGAGGCCGGCGGCGACAAGGCCCCGCAGAUCGAUGUCACGCAGUUCGGCUACUUCAAGGUGCUCGGGAAGGGGGUGCUGCCGCCCAAGCCCAUCGUGGUCAAGGCCAAGCUCAUCUCCAAGGUCGCCGAGAAGAAGAUCAAGGCCGCCGGCGGCGCCGUCGUGCUCACCGCCUAGGUUUCAGUCCUUGUUCGCCUCUUGGUUUUGAGAUCUAUAUCUGAACUAGUAGUGCUUUCCUGUCUCAGCUAUUUGUGUUAAGAAGACCUGUAGUUUUUAAAUCUGUGGCUGCUGCCUGUUGGGACAGUGCUUUAUGAGGAUUUUGAUGCCAGUUCAUAUCAAAUAUUUCAGAUAUAUUAAAGCUAUCUGUGCUAAUUGUUCUA